AUGGCGGAGCGGAUCCUGACGAUAGACUGCCAGGUGCAUGCCUACGAGCGGAACAAGCCCGAACGCCCGUGGGUCGGGUUUCUGACCGGGCCGGACGAAGUUACGGGGGACGACAUGAUCGCGGCAAUGGACGCGGUGGGCGUGGACGGCGCGCUGCUGAUCUCGCCGUUCGCGCUGUACGCAUACGACGCCAGCUAUGCGCUGGAGGUGUACGCGCAGCACCCGACCAAGUUCGGGCUGAUCCGGCCGUUUGAUCCCAACUCAGAGACGAUUGACGCCGACGUGGAGGAAUGGACGUCCACGCCGGGCGUGGUGGGCGCGCGCAUCAUGCUGGCGAACUCGGAGUACGAGGCGGACCACCCGGGGCUGAACGGCAUCCUGGCGGCCGGCGGGCGUGCCGGCGUGCCGGUGAACAUCAUGGCGGCGGGCAAGCUGCCGUUGCUGCGGGAGCUGGCGCAGCGCAACGCCGACACGCAGAUCGUGAUUGACCACGUGGGGUUAGCGCAGCCCUUCAACCCGCCGCCGCCGGCGGAACCCUUCGCCGACCUGGGCAACGUGCUGUCGCUGGCGGCGCUGGACAAUGUGGCGAUCAAGAUCUCCGGCGCCGGCACUCUGUCGCACGCGGGGUUCCCGUAUCCGGACAUCUGGGAGCCGCUGUCUCGCAUCUUCGACGCGUACGGGCUGGAGCGGUGCCUGUGGGGGACGGACUGGACGCGGGCGGUGGAACUGCUGACGUACGAGCAGGGCGUGGAGACGUUCCGGCUGACGGACACGCUGUCGGACUCUGACCGGGAGACGCUGAUGGGCGGAGCGCUGGCGAACAUCUACAAGUGGUCGCCGGCGGUGGCGGAAUAG